UUUUUUUUUUGGAAUCGAUCGUUUAUCACCAUAACCCCCCCUCCCUCCUUCCACUUUCAACCAAACCUAACCAGAAACAUCCCCAAACUCGCCGAGCACUUUCCACACCACCACCACCCCCCUUCCCCACCUCUGCAUAACUCCAGCACCGUCUCCCCCUCCUAUCUCAAACCCUCCGCGCCUUGCUGAGGAGGAGGAGGAGGAGGAGGAAGAGCAGCGGCGGAGCAAGAGAGCGCGGAAGAUGGAGGUCUCCACGGACCAGCCGCGGUGGGUGAGCCACCACCACCCGGCCGUGCUCAAUGGGCAGCACCCGGACUCCCACCACCCCACUCUUGGCCAUACCUACAUGGACCCCACGCAGUAUCCUCUCGCCGAGGAAGUGGAUGUACUUUUUAACAUCGACGGACAAGGCAACCCCGUCCCUCCGUAUUACGGCAACUCCGUCAGAGCCACCGUGCAGAGAUACCCCACGGCCCACCACGGGAGCCAGGUGUGUCGCCCCCCGUUGCUGCACGGUUCGCUGCCUUGGCUGGAUGGGAGCAAGGCGCUGAGCAGCCACCACAGCGCUUCCCCUUGGAACCUCAGCCCCUUCUCCAAGACCUCCAUCCAUCACAGCUCACCGGGACCCCUCAGCGUCUACCCACCCGCUUCCUCUUCCACUUUAUCCGCCGGCCACUCCAGCCCGCACCUUUUCACCUUCCCACCCACCCCUCCGAAAGAUGUGUCCCCGGAUCCCUCCAUCUCCACCCCCGGUUCCACCGGCUCCACCCGGCAAGACGAGAAGGAAUGCAUCAAAUACCAAGUGUCCCUGGCCGACACCAUGAAGCUGGAGUCCUCUCACUCUCGGAGCAGCAUGGCCUCUUUAGGAGGUGCCACCUCCUCCGCUCAUCACCCCAUCACUACCUACCCACCGUAUGUCCCAGAAUAUGGCUCUGGACUUUUUCCCCCCAGUAGCCUCUUAGGAGGAUCUCCUACCGGCUUCGGGUGUAAAUCGCGACCGAAAGCACGGUCAAGCACAGAAGGCAGGGAGUGUGUAAAUUGUGGGGCUACCUCAACCCCCCUGUGGAGAAGAGACGGCACCGGGCACUACUUGUGUAACGCCUGUGGACUCUAUCACAAAAUGAACGGGCAGAACCGGCCCCUGAUCAAACCCAAGAGAAGACUGUCUGCAGCCAGGAGGGCGGGCACGUCCUGCGCGAACUGUCAGACCACCACUACCACCCUGUGGAGGAGAAAUGCCAACGGCGACCCCGUCUGUAACGCCUGCGGGCUCUACUACAAGCUGCACAAUAUUAACAGACCCCUGACUAUGAAGAAGGAAGGAAUUCAGACCAGAAACCGAAAGAUGUCUAGCAAAUCCAAAAAGUGCAAAAAGGUCCAUGACAACCUCGAAGACUUUCCCAAGAGCAGCUCCUUUAACCCCGCCGCCCUCUCCAGACACAUGUCCUCCAUCAGCCACAUUUCACCUUUCAGUCACUCCAGCCACAUGCUGACUACACCGACACCGAUGCAUCCUCCAUCCAGCCUCUCCUUCGGACCUCACCAUCCUUCCAGUAUGGUCACUGCCAUGGGUUAGCGAGAGACUCCCCUGCUGAAUGCUUACGGUCUCAAAAUGAGAUUUACUUUAUAUACUUGCAUUUUUGCAGGCGUGCGGUUAUGGGUCUGACGUCCCGAAUCAAAUGGGAGGGGGGAAAAAAAAAAAAAAAAGGAUUUAAAAUAAAUAAAUAAAUAAAAAAGUUAUUUGAAGGCGUAAGAGAGAAAAAAUAAAAAAUAAAAACCUCAGAAAAAACUACAAAAAGCACAAAAAAAGGAAAAAAAAAGAAAAAAAGAGAAAAAAGCUAAAAAAAAAAGUUUUAAAAAAGUGAUGUUUGCCACUUUUUAAAGGAACUCACUAUGGCGUCUAUGUAUUCUUACCCACUGAAUCUGGAUACCAUUUGUGAAUAAGCCAUUCAGAACUUGCAUUCCCUAUUGGACAGGAUCUCUAGUGCUGUGAAAAAAA